GUUCUCAUUAAACAAAGACACCAAGAACCAUGCAGAGCGCUGUUCUUCUCCUACUCCUUCCGGUUUGUUGUGGGAUGGUGAUUCCACACGGUCCAACCCCUGGCCCUCCCCCCGGAUGUUUUUACAACGGGAAGCAUUACAGGCCCGGGGAAAUCAUGCACUCCAGUACGGAGGGGGACUGUGAGAGAACAAUGUUAUGUACAGAAUACGGUCCAGUUGCCGGAGAUUCCAGGGGCUGCUUUACGCAUCAUAAAAGAGCCGAGGUAUCAGAUGAGCCCGUUCCUUCUAGUCCUGAUGAAGAUGAAGAAAAUCCUAAACCAGCAGUAAAUUCAACAGGUCAAGGUCAAACGGGAGCCGAUGAAUUAUAUGAGCCCGUUACUUCUAAUCCAGUUGAAAUUGAAGAAAACCCUGAACCAGCAGCAAAUUCAACAGGUCAAGUUGAAGAAAAAAGAGCCGAGGAAUUAAAUGAUCCCGAGCUAGACACGGUGGACAUAGAUCAGGCAAUCCCUAACAAACCAGAGGAACGGUCUAUGCUAAACAAUUAUGACGAGACCGUCCGGGCGCUGAACUAUGACGUAGAGGACCGUCCAUAGACGUCAUGGGGACUGCAUUAAUUCAUUUGAUUUUAUUGAUCGACGUAAAAUAAAUAUUUAUAUAAUGUA